AUGGAAUCUGUGAAUCAACAUGAGCCCCAAACAGCCUCCAACAAGGAGCCAUGUCAACCCCUCGAACGAACAAAUUCUAUAGACGACGAGCCAAAACAACCCUCCAACAUCCUCAACGCCCUCGACCACGCGCUCCAAUCCAUCGACCACGACACCUCCGCGCAACACCCACCAAAUAAGAAACCCGACAAUGGAUAUACCCCCUCCGUGCUCACAAGCAAAGACGUCAAAUACCUCUUCUCCGGCGCCCCACACUUUAUGCUCGAAAAGGGCCGCCAUAAUCACUGGUACCCGCACGCGCUUUUCCCCUGGGACACCGGCGUGCAAAGCAUCCAGGACUUCUGGGACCGCGAGCCGCUACGCCACGAGUCUUUUACGCUAUCCACGCUGCACGCCCAUUUGCCAGUCCCCUCCCAGCGCCAGCCUGCAUCUGACACUGACGCCGACGGCGUGACCCGCGCUACUUUUGAUCUCGGCAUUUUCGAGGUUCCGAAUAUGCUAUCGAUGAACGGGAAGGAGCCGGGCGCUGUAGGGGUUCGUCAUUAUCUGGAGCUGGCGACCGCCGAUGCAGUGCGGUAUCAUCCUAUACCCGUGAAUGGUGGUGAUGGUGGGAAUGCUGGAGACCUCGGGCGGCGACGGAGUAUUGCGAAAUUACCACUCCCGCAGGCCUUCGAGGCGCUAGAGCACAUGCACGACGCGUACGCGGCGUGUGAGGAUCCAGAUAUCGAGCUGGACCGCCACAAACUCCUGCGCGAGGGCAGCGCGGCGUGGAAACGGAUCGGGGUGCGUGGAGAUAUUCGCACAAGGGAUAUUGUGGAGCGGAUAGCGUUGCUAUCGGAGUUUCGCGUGGAGGCGUUGAGAAAGAAUAAACAGAUUACUAUCCUCGACAAGGAGUCUACUGAGACGCUGUACAAUAAGCUUUAUUCAACGUUCUUGCUCCCGCCGCCCAAGAAGUGGAAUUAUCGCCAGCAGCGCGAGAAUCUCAAGGGCCAGAUUGAGGUGCUCACCCGAGUCCUCGCGGUCAAGGGCGCGUGGUUUGAUUUCAGUCUGCCCGAGGCGAGGUUGAGGGUUGGCCAGCUGUUGUGGGAGACGCCACCGCAUGCGGAUGGUGAUUGUCUGGAUGCGGUUGAAACGAGCAGUAGCAAGAAUGAUCCCGAUACCAGCAAGGUAAAUGCCGCGAUUCGUGCUGGCCUGGAAAGGAAGUGGUUAUUACUGCAGCUCCUCCUGGCGGCUGAACUGCUCGUCAGACUCGAUGCUAUCGUCCGAUUAGCCGUUCUGCGACCCGCCUCAUCGAAGACCCAGGUAUCAGUGACGUCGCAUGAUGUGCGGGAUCUUGAUAAGCUCAGACAUGGCAAGGUCAACUGGGACGUGCUCUUUGCACAGCGGUUCUCGGAUAAUUUGAUAGUACGAUGUUGUCCGGCGACGGCGAGUGAAACCUCGGCGCCGCUUCAGAGGAAGCAGAGUCUGUUUUCUAAACUCGGUAGCCUUAGGAUAAACAACCAGCAGCAGCAGCAACAACAAGCGGCAGAUGUUAAAGACUCUGCAUGGGACUGCAUUGUCACCCCACUUCAUCCGGAGAGACAGCUACAAGGCCUCUCUGUUUUCGCCAAGGCCAUCGGCUGGCCGGAAUACGAGGGUGUCGAGAGAAAUAUCCGGUCGAAGUUGCAGAAACAUAUUGCUACGCCUGGCGGCCCUAUCAACUCCAGUUCCCUCUAUAACACGCCAAUCACUUCCCUGUCAAAGAGACUCUUCGGUAGGAAAGACACGUAUACCCGACACCCAUCACGGCGAUACGUUGUCCUACACACUCCCUCUCCUGAAUCUGAAUCUAAUAAUAUCGGCGGCUGGCUAUCCCGCACCUGGCUCACGGGGCUCGUCCUGCCAGGCGACGCGAUCAACCACCUGCUCAUAACCAGUCUUCUGGAAAACGACCCUCGCGCUCUCUCCACCCUCGGUCCCGUGGCGAACCUCUUCGGCGGGUUCAAUUACAGCGGAUCAACAUGGUGGAGCACAAAAUCCGUGGUUGGCCGCGUUCUCGCUGCCCUCGCCGACUCGAGGGUGUGCAUGGGCUGGGUGCGAACCAGUCUCACCCUGACUCUCAGCACCGACCAGGACACUGUAAAUCAGAAUCCGCCGUCGGCCCUGCAGGAUACCUGGUUUGAGGUCGAUGUCGAGGAAGUAUCCAAAAACACACGGAUUCGACAAGGCACGAAACUGGCGCUCGAGUCGCAUCCGUUGGGACCGGGGGGCGAGGAGGAGAUAUCGGGGGAAAAAUUCAGUAUUCCCGUCGACGAGGACCACGACACUACCACUACAGAUGGAGCGAGAGCUGUGGUCAGUGUCGAUAGCCUUGUCCUGUCGACGCGAGAAGAGAGAGUCAAGCGUGUUGUCGCGGCGCAGAAUGCGUCGGUCCGGUUUACUCUGGAUUCGUCUUCUUUGUUGAUGCCGCUCACGUAUAACGUCUGCUUUAUAUCGUCGUAUACGUGCCGGCCGCCGCGGGGGUCGAUUACGCAUCAUCGCCAUUUCUCAGUCUCCUCACCAUCUUCCUCAUCACCGGCAGAGCCAUCGGGCGAAAACAAGAGUAUGCAAAAUCGCCACAAACAUCACUCUCACCUCCCCGGCCAUCCGCUUCACAACUCAUACUCCUAUAAAUACAUCCCCGUCACCUCUCUCCGCGCCGACACCCCGGCGCCUUUCCUUGUAGGACAAAGCAGCAAACCGGAGCUUAGCGAACAUGAUAAACGAGAGCGGAAACAGCCCGUCUUGGUGAUUGACGCUCGAUCGAGCCAUGCGCACGAGGUUCUGGCGCGGGCGUGGUGCGCGGCGACGGGCGCAGAUGCGUUGAUUGGGCGCGUUGGAAGGACGUGUUUGGCGUGCUGUGUGAGGGAGGCGAGGGCGGUGGAUGUUGGGGUUGUUAUUAGAACAAGCACAACUACGAGGAAUCCGGGCAGUACUGUUGGAGGAGGGGAAUGA